UCGGGGAGCCCAGGCCCCCCACAGGUGCUCCCCAGUGCCCAAGCUUGGCAUGAGUGCCGAGUCGUCAUGGCUCCCUGGGGCUGGCAGAGUGUCCCCAAGCCAAGUCAGGGCCAAUCGUGAUCAGUGCACAUCCGUGAGGGACUGUGGUCAGCUGGACUUGGGCAGCUGCUCCCUGGAGGUAGAGGCUACAGGGCCACGGCCCUUGAUGUGAGCCAGGCACACGAUGAGGCACCCACUGAAGCUUCUAGAACCUUGGCAGGGUAUACGUCAGAAAGUCUUGUGCUGGCUCUGUGGUGGUGCCGCCCUGUAGCUGGUCAGCACCUGCUCCCCCAGGAUGCUGCUCACGCCCACAACAUUCCCGGAUGUAUCUGGGAGGGAGCUGGGCAGGGGAGGGUGGGGGGCCAUGGAGUUCACGGGGGCUGAGCGUCCUGCUGCCCUCCCGGGCGGCUCCCAGGCCAGCAUGAGCAUGAAGGUCCUGGGCAGCCCCCUGCAGAGGCUAGGGGACAAGACAGAGGUCGCCCACAGCGCACCCUACCUGGCCAGCCCUUUGACAUCCCACCUGAGGGGCGCUGUGCUGGUGGUUGCCAGCGGGGCGGGGCUGACGUUCCCCAAUGACGUCAAGUUGCUGGAGGAUUCUGCAUCCUCUGCUAAGCUCUAGGUGAUGUGCCACUCCCCCCUUCCGGGGUCAACUGUGUCCUUGGCCCCCUUCCCGAAACCGUACCCGAUGGGCGAGGGUCACUGUACUAGGCUCUGAUGUGAUUUCCCUUUGUCCCUUGGGUGCAUUUUAGAUGUGUUCUCA